CAGGGUUGAAUACUAAUAUUGAGAAAAAUAUGUUAUUUAUGAAUGAAUUCGAAAUUUUAGGAAUGACAUUAAGCUUGAGACUAUUAUCCAAUGCUAUAAGCAAUGAUUUAGAGUCCAAGAAAUAUUUUAUCGAAUGGAAUAUUUCCUCAAAUAUGUCACUUAAUAAAUCUAACAAAACAGGACAUCCACUUGUUUUAUUGACAAAUCUAAUCUCACAAAAUAUGAUUAUGCCAUUACAUUUAAAAGCUCAAGUAUUAGAUACAAUUACAUCAUUUAUGGAUUUCUCUAACAUAAUGGAUAAUUCACAAACUUAUUUUCGUUCUCAAAUAAGCUUAAUAGUAUGGAACACCAUGCUAUCAUCAAAUCUCUUGAUGAACACACUAACAUCCACCAAUGUUUCGAGUCCAAAAUUUCAUUUUUACUUUAAAACAAUACUAGAUGAAGUCGAAAGUUGUAAUUUAGAAGAGUAUCCAUUAAGCAUAUCAUUUUUGAAUUUUCUUAACGAAUUUUUCGCGUCAACUAUGUCCAAUCCUCAAAAUUUUAGAAUUUUUUUUAUAGACCGUUAUUUAAAUCCUAUAAAAAGCAUAGGGGGAGAUUUUGAAAUUUCUCAUAACGUAAUAACCCUAUAUAUAAUAUAUAUUUGCGAGAAUUUUCUCAUGCCUCUAUAUUCGAGAAGCUACAAAGUUCCACUAGAAAAGUGGAAAUUAGGAGGUUUAUGCUUAAAAUUCCUGUCCUCAUUCGUACAAGUAUGUGUAGAUUAUAGAAUCAAUCAAAAUUUGAAUGUUAUUGAUCAAUAUUAUGAUCCCAUUAUGUACUAUCUUACUAAUCCUUUACAAUAUUUGUUAGCUCAACUUCUAAAUCAAGGACCUAUAUCACAAAUAAUAUAUUAUAUCCUUAAACAAGGCGUCAGUAUUAUAAAUGAAGAAAUAAAUGAUAAUAAUGCAAACCAAUAUGACACAGAAAACAGUUGGAUUCUGAAGAAAUGUUGUGUUCCAGCUCUUAAAUUAAUACUCAAUUUAAAUAAUCAUAAAGUUAAUGGGUUGAGGGAUAUUUUGGAUAUGCAACAAUAUAAAAAUAUCAAAUUUGAAUCACAUUCUACUUCACAUAGUUCUUCUUUUACAUCGUCCAAUAUCAAUGACUUGAGAGACCUCUUGAUAUUUCCACAUUUAGAAUUAUUUAUACGAUUUAUAUGUGAAAGUUAUUUCAAUGCCCCAGAAUCGAGUAAAAAUAUUGAGCAAUCACUGCUCUCUCUAUAUAUUCUGAAAUCGUUAAACAAUGGAACAUUUAUUGACGCCAAUAAAUUAGCUCAUUGUAUUGAUUCACUCAUCACACAAAGUGGGGAUCAAAAGGACAAAUCUCAAAAAAUGAUUGUUUUUGGAUUUUCUCAAAUAUUUGAUUCCUAUUACAAAUUUUUGGACAUCUAUAAAACCGGUCAAAAUAAAGCAUGCCACGAUACUACAAGCCUCUUUCCAUCAUGUGCUGUAUAUAAUUUCAUGGGAUUGUGUUAUGAUAUUUCUAUAAGCGAAAAUAUAAGGGACAAGUGCCUUAUUAUCCCAAUAAUCCUAAUUAAAUUGCUACUUUCUGGGCAAGAUGAUAUAAUUCGCGACAAGCCACUCAGUAAAUUUGCACUGUUUUUAUUAGGAAUCGGAGAUUUUCAAAACAGCUCUCUGAACAUGGAAUCUUUGUUUAUUUAUCAAGUCAAACCUCGGACUUGUUUAGAUGCGUUAUUAGAUUUGGCCGAUUCAUCACCUUGGCUUUUGACCAUUCCAUCAUUGAAUGGAAUAACCACUUCAUUUGGGAAAGAAUCAAUUAUAAAUUCCCAUUUUUCCUCUCUACUUUACGCGUUGUUACAUAAAUUAGCUUUGCAACCAAAUACAUACAUUAAAUUUUUAACCUACCUAAGAACUCGGGAUCUCAAUCACAAAAUUAAGUUUGAAAUUUCUGAUAAUUCAUAUGAGAAUUCUGGAGAAACUGAAACAUUGGCUUGGCAAAAUCAUUAUACAUUACAUUUGAUUAAAUUGCAGGAUUUGUAUAGUACAUUAUCAUUUUUAAAAGAAUCUAUAUCCAUACCUAAUGAUGACCAACCGAAAGAUUUUGACCCUAUAUAUUUAACAGCUGGAAUUUAUAUUCGAUUGGCGUUCUUCUUAAAAUACUUUUCCGUGGAAAUUAAUCAAUGCCUAACCCAAUUACUACCUUCAUAUUUAUUAAAAUACACUAGGGCAUUAUUUAAAGAGACGAUUACGGAUGGGUCAAGCAGUUUGAUGAAGUUGCUGCAAAUCUUACAAUUUGAAGACGUUAAAUUAUAUGACAAUGAUAGUUUAGACAAAUACCUCAUCGAUACCAUUGAUUUCAAUCAGUUUAAAAUAUUGUUAGAAAAGCAUUGUUCAAUUUCAGAUGUAUGGGGAAUCACAUAUUUUGACGAAAAGGCAGUCCUAAAAUAUAGUUAUAAUUAUUUUGAAAAUGUCACUAAAAAUUUAACCACUGAUGUCUCUGAGAAAUGUAUAAAAUUUGUUCUCGAUCACAUUCAGCGGACGAAUAUAAUGAAAUACUUGCGUUAUUCCAAAAAUAUUUAUUUGGGAUCUUUGAAAAAUGUGAUAAAAUUAAUGAUAACAAUUAUCCAACAACCUAUUUUUAUAUGGUCCCAAAGAACCGACUUAAAUUUCAAUGAAUGUCUAAAAAUAUAUUGCCAAUUAUCGCUGUAUCUUAUUAAAAAAGGUUGCCUACAGAAUGUAUGCCAGAAUUUAACUCCUAAUAUAGCGGAUAUUCUAUUCAGUUGUACAACUUUCUUAAAAAAUAGUGUCAUUAGUCAAAUAAGAGAAAUUAAAAAUUUGCUCACCAUAUCAAACACGAAAUAUGCAGGGAAUAUUGAAUUACUUAUAAGUUCUACUGAAUCAAAAGUCUUAGGCGAAACAAAUCGUUUUGAUUCCGAUAUGGCUUUUUUAUUUUCUCAAUUAUUAGAAGGAACUAUUGAACUCAUCAUUGAACCAAAUUUUUCUUCAACAAAAUGCCGGCUUAAUUUAUAUGGAUGUUUGUUAACAUUAUUUGAUAUGGCUAUUGAAUGCAACCUUAUGCCUUUGAAUCAAGACAUUUUUCUAAUUUUUUCAGCUACUUCAUUGCACGAUGUCUAUAAUUCAACUGAGCGCUAUCUUGAAUACACCCUUAAAAUAUUGAAUACCCAUUUAACUUCUAAUUUUUUUGUUAUCAUAUCACGAGAUGCUUGCAACAAAAAUGGCGAUUUAAUACAAAUAAUGGCGCUUAAUAUCUUGAGGAAUAUAUGCAAACUUGAAACUUUGCAUCCUUCAGUUCAUAAUAACUCUUAUGAUCAACAAAUAUUUGUCAGUGGCAAAUGGAUGUCAAAAUUUUAUCAAAGCGGAUAUUUGCAGGAUUUAAUCAAUAUCACUUCAUCUUACCGUAAACAAGAUAAAACUUUGAAUAGCACAGAGUUUUUCGAUAAUUUAGAUGCCACUCUUAUAAGCUGUGUUUGUGAAAUAACACCUAAGGAUAUUAUAUCAUUGCACCUAUACAAAACUAGGAUGGCAUUAUUGGAAAAUUUUGCUUCCACCAAAUUUGGUGCAAAUACAUUAAUAGAAUCAAAUUUCAUAUUAAAACUGAGAGAUAUGAAGAUAUUUGACGUUAGAUAUGAAUUGUCCUUGUUCGGAAACGAAUCCAAGAUAUUAUCUACCUCUUACAAUAUCCCAGAUGCUGAAUCGAAAUUUACUGAUUUUAUUCUGAUACCAACUUUUAAGUUGAUUAAAGUCUUGUUGUGUUCAAAUAUGAUAGUUCAACACAAUAUGAAAACGUGUCUACAAGUAGUAGAUUUUUGGAUGAAUCACCGAAAUUCGUUGACAUUUAACAUCAAUUCUAACAAAGAUAAAUUAUUGCUAAAAAAUGAAAAAUUAGCUGUUGAUUCAACUAUAAUUGAAUUGGAAUUAAUAACAUUCAUUAUUUCACUCUGUAUAGCUAUAUUGAAUGGUAAUAAAAUAUAUUAA